CAUUGUAUUCCCCUUGUAUGAGAUAGCCAUAAUAACCCAGUAUCACUAGCCAUCAAGCCGUGUGGGCACACGGGGUUCAUAUAUACAAGAUGUCAUCCCGCUCUACCUCUGCCAUCAUCGCCAGAGCGGUGAGCGGGCGCCACUUGCUCAAGAUCGACGGGUACUCUCACACCAAGGUGGUCACCAAUGCUAGCUACAUCCAAUCCUGCACUUUUGACGUCGGAGGUCACAGCUGGCGCAUCAACUAUUACCCCAACGGCCUUCGAUCAGAUAGUACUGAUUACAUAUCUGUCUUCAUUCAGCUUGUCAGUAUUAGCAGGGAUUUGCCGGUCGUGCCAAUCUUACAGGGCAUCUCAGCACAAGGCUCGCUCAGUUUACUGGACCUGGAUGGGAAACCAGUGCCAUCAUAUACCAACACCUUCAAUAGAAGUUUCACAACCUCUGAAGGAAGCUGGGGCUGGUACACUUACAUCGCAAGGUCGGCGCUGGAGAACUCAGGUUACCUCAAGGACGAUUGCUUCACUCUCAUGUGCGACAUCAACGUCACGGAGCUGCGCGCCAAGGAAACAAGGGAUUCUGAUUUCGCCGAUCUCAUGUGGAAGAAGGGGGAAACAGAUGUGACCUUUGAGGUGCGCGGUGAGACAUUCACCGCCCAUCGAUGGGUGCUGGCUUCCCGAAUUCCCAUCUUGAAGUUGAAGGCAGCAGAAGCAGAGCUCCUUGGCGUGCCAGAAAGGGAGAAGAAGAAUACGCCCAUGACCACCGUAAGGAUCGACGACAUGGAGGCAAAAGUGUUCAAGGCUUUGCUCCACUACAUAUACACCGAUGCAUUGCCUGAUGAGAUGAACAAGGUAGAUGAGGCGGCAACAACAAUGACGCACGGAUUGCUUGAAGCGGCGGAUAGGUACAAGAUGGAGAGGCUGAAGAUUAUCUGCGAGGACAUGAUGUGCAAACAUGUCUCCACGAGCACGGUGAUAACCACGCUGGUGUUAGCGGAGCAGCACCGCUGCCCGAGGCUCAAGGCCGCGUGCAUCAACUUCCUCAUCUCUCCCAAGAAUAUGAGCGUCGUCUUGGAAAAUGGCGGUUUCAAGCAUUUACAGAGGAGCUGCCCCUUUGUCCUGAUGGACCUCAUAGAAAGGGCAGAAGCGGCCUGAGACUCGGAGAGGCAAUGAGUACCACUCUUCUAGUUGUCAAUGCAGUGUUGGUCAAUGUCAGAAGUACUACUGGUGACAAUCAACUAUGCUCCAUACUACUAAUAAUAUACUGUUAGGUUGAUCUCUUUCGUAUGGGCCCAACGGCCCACCGGGCCCUUGAUCCAUGCGCCCUGAUCGGGGACGCCCAACCCGUUAUGGUUGGUGGGCUCCUGUGACAAUCAACUAUGCUCCAUACUACUAAUAAUA